AUGAUCCAUGACGAGAUAGUUUUGGAUCUGCUGCAAAAACUGGAUGCUUACAAGUCCAUGGGACCAGAUGGAUUGCGCCCUAGAGUGCUGAGGGAUUUGGCAGAUGCAAUUGCCAAGCCACUGUCCAUCAUUCUUCGGCAGUCCUGGCUAACUGGGGAUAUCUCAGUGGAUUGGAAACUGGCAAAUGUGACGCCCAUCUUCAAAAAGGGCCGGAAAGAUAAUCCUGAAAGCCAUUCUGUGUGGGAUUCAUGGUUUGUUUUCAGAUUAUGUUCUUUAUUCAAAAAAAAUUAUUUUAUCUUUUGUAGGAAAGAAUUAAUACUUUCUGGCACUUUAAGUCCACUUAAAGAUUUACAUCUUGGAAAACUGGCGCUAACCAAGUUUCCAAAGAGUCCAGAAACGUGGAUUCAUAGACGAUGGGUGCUGCAGCAGCUAAUUCAGGAAAACUCCUUGCCUGCUGUUGUGAAUAAAGGAAACCUGGGAGUAGCACCUGCGGAGAGAAUUCACCGACUAGUGCAGGAGGAAAUGGACGUCUGCUCUGAAGCUGCUGGGAGAUACCCAAGCAAUUACAAUGCCUGGUCCCAUCGCAUCUGGGUUUUACAGAAUGUGGGAAAGCUGACUACCAAGGUUCUCCUUGAUGAACUUUCUUCCACUAAAUACUGGGUUUCGAUGCACGUCUCAGACCACAGUGGAUUUCAUUACCGCCAGUUCUUACUCAAGUCCUUGAUAGGCAGAACUGUGAAUGAUAAUAAUACACUGGUACAAAAUCAAAUGGGAAAUGAGCAAAAUUCUAGUCUUCAAACGGAGGAGGAAUGUGAAGGAGCAGAAGCUGUUUGUGUGGAGGAGCAGAGUGUGGAUAUCUCCCACUACUUAGAGGAGGAGUUGGAUUUCUGCACUGAUCUGAUCGACACUUACCCAGGGCAUGAAACCUUGUGGUGUCAUAGGAGGUGUGUGUUCUACCUUCAACACCACUUAAUCAACAAACUUCCUCUUCUGAGUGUGGCGGCCUCAUCUGUGGACAGCAGUGAUGAAACUUUGUAUAAUUCACAUCCCAAUCCCACGACAAGCCACAUGGCACAAGUUAUGGAUGUUGAUGGUUUGAAUGAAUCCAGCAGCAAACAAGGUUAUACCCAAGAAACUAAACGCCUAAAGCGUGCUCCUAUGCAGGACUCUUUUGGCCCAGAAAUGGAAUACAGGUUUAUAGAUAAAGUUUUAUCAACUUGUAGAGACGUGGACCAAGCCAGGUUUGCUACUGCUUACAGGAAAUGGUUAGUUACUUUUUUAGGUCAGUGAAGGAAGAAUUUAAAGCCCUGAGAGUUCUUUUAGUGCAAUAUUCUUUUUUUCAGACACAACUGCAUGUCUUGGUUGCAAGUGUUUGCUAACUAUGUUUCUCACUCUUUUAUUGGUCAGUCCUAAAACUUAAAGAGUACAAGUUUAUCACAUUGUUUAUUAAAGAACAGGCAUAUCUUUUGUUAAGCAAAUGCCAUUUGUUGUUCUUUCAUUUUUUUAAGAAGUCACUGGUUUUCCACCUAUGUCAGCUUUCUACCAUGCUGUUGUCUUUAUUUUUAACUUCUGCAUUAAGGUGGACUCGGAGAUACGAUUUAGCAGAGGGUUGUUAGAGUUAGGGCACUAUGGUUAGGCUGCAGUUGGAUUUGAUGAUCCUUGAUGAUUCUAUGAUUCUAUGAUUCCAUGACUCUGAAUGGUGUGGCUUUAAAGGAAAAUAAGGGGAAAGAAAAAAGUUGUCUGCUUUUGAAACAGUGUCUGGAAAAAGAAUAAGAGGAUCUGUCAGUGCCAGCUUAGCCUGGUUCCAGGUAGUUUCUGUUUACUGUACUAGAUCUUGCUCAUACCUUAAAGGAUUCAGACUAUAUUCAGUGACUACUAUUACUUUUGUAUUAGCUACCUUCGGUAGAAUGCCAGGCUGCAGAGUUUCUUCCUUAAAGAAGUAACAGCAUUGGAGUCAUGCCUUUUAUUACUGCGACUUUUUUGUUUCCUUAUAAGUUGUUAAAUGAGUUUGAUAAGAAAGUCUCUGAAACUGAAAUUCUGAAGAGGAAAAUGAAGUAUUUUCUGCCACAAACAUGCAAAGACAGUCAGAGCUAUAUUUGGAAAUAUUUUUCAUAGAGCAGACUUCUUUAACUUCUAAAUGUGUAUUUAUUUAUUUAUUUUACCUCAACAAUUCAGAAUUAAUGACACUUGAUAUACUUUUCUGAAUGUAUUAUGUACACUACAGAAUCUCAGCCUGCUGUGUCACAUAUUGAUAACAUAUGCUUAACCAAGACUGUUCAGGCCCUAUAGAUGGUCAGUGAAAAAAUUCUGCUGUCUGGUUGUUGAAACUAUACAGUUCAAAAAAGGACAGCAGGACAGGACUAUUUCUUUGCUUUUGUUCCUCUGCAGGGCUUCUAUGACUCCUUUCUUCACUGCACUUCUCCAACCAUAGGACCUCUCUUUAUGUAACUAUAAAUUUUAAGGGGAUUUAAUACACAUUUCUAUUCAGUGAAAUUAAACGUGAAUGGUUUGUUUUGUCAUUUCCUUAGGAGUUGUCUUUAUAAGGGACUUUUAAGGGAGAAAGUGUUAUACAACUCUAGAGGUUUGUACAAUGGCAGCAUUACCCCUGUUCCAAACAGAAUAUUAACCAAGGGGAUGAGAUUUUCAAGCUAGAAUCUUUGCCAAAAUUGCUACUUAUUUCUCCUGCGCAAAGUGCCUCCUUACCACAAUGAGUUUCAAGCUGCUGUUUUUGUUGGGCAGAGAGAAGGAACAAGAAAGUGGAAUUAAAAGACAUGUAGCUUGCUUGAAAACUUAUCACUUGAAAAGAAGAAAAGCACUUGAGACGUGGAAUUCCAACACUGCUAAAUAAUUUGGUGGAUAAAGAUUACUCUUGCAUUUCAAAAUGAAAAUCGACCAUCUCUAGUCUUAGAGAAGUUCAUAAUUCAUUUCAGCCGUGGAGUAGCAAACAGACAUUUCUCAGUAUAUGCUCUUGUAUUUAUAAUACCUAGAUAAGACUGAUUUAGGCUAAAGGAUCUUCCUGCGAAAGCGUUGUCUCCAUGAGCAAUUGCAUCUGCCUCUGAAGCUAGGUGUAUAUCAUAUGGCUUCUUGGGUUGCAUCUUGGUUGCUGGUUCUGAUUGCAGAAGAAUGUAACUGAUGUGUGAAACAGGUGUGGGAAUGGUUUAAGAGGAUUAUUAUGUCAUAAGGUGUUUUCUGUGUGAACACUGAAAAAUGAGUAGAUUCAGGAGCAAACUGGAGUCUGAACUGAAGAACUUAACUGGAGGAAAAUUUACACCCAUCCCAGAGGGCACAAAGUGUUUCAUGCAUUAAAGGUAUGUUGAGGCAUGUGCAGUAACCUCAAUCAGCUUGAUUACAGACACCCCAUUAAUAAUUAGUAUGAGCUUGGAAAGCGUGACAUUGGGUGGCAGUCUGUUAAGGACCAUAUUCGUGGUCAUUGAAUAGUUAGAGAGUAACUUGUAUUUUCUUUACCUUCGAAAAAUUACCUCUUGGUAAGAAUAGUAGAAGCAGGCAACAGAAGACUGGGAUGUGGGAUACAAAAUAUUUCUUGAACUGUGGAAGAAAUGCACUGUUCCCACAUUAGUCUUGCACUGGACUAAUUGAUAUUUUUAAAGGAGCUUGCAAGAUUUAUGCUUUCUUAGAGCUAUGUCAUGGAAAUAUUGUGCUAUUGAAUUGACAACCUUUCUGACAUAAACGCUUAAAAUCAAACAGGUGCCUUCAAAUGCAUGUGUUCAGUCCCAGUUUUUGUCAGCACAGCAGGUUCAAAGAUUUGCAAAAGUUGCAUUGUGCAUCCAUACUUGGAAAAUGUUCUGAGAAUGGUGAUUAUGGAUGUUGCUGAUAUUUUCAUUACUUGCAUAAAAAACAUCAGUGGCUGUAGUAUGAGUCCAGAGUUAGAAAACCUAAACCUGAUGGAAAUGCUUCCAAUUUUAAUUGAUUGAAUUGCUGCUUUUAGAAGUGUUUUCAGACCAGACUUUCCUGCACAAAGAAUUGAGCAAUAGAAAUGAUUUUAAUUGAAACAAGUCAUAUUUUCCAUUUUGAAAGACAUGCAAACAGUAAGCUGACAUUCCAUUUUUAUUUUAAGUUAUAUUGAAGAAAAAAACAGAUAACUAAAUUAUUUCAUGCUGACAGUAUCCUGAAGUCUCUUACACAAGAUGAUUGAAAAGGUACUUUCAGCAGAUUGUAUUAAACUCAGAAUUGUAGAAUGUUCUAAACUGAUCUUUGGAACAUACUGAUUCAGUAUUAGUUCAAAGUCUGUCUUGGACAUGACUUGAAAGAAAGAAGAAUGGUUCAGGACAUUGGUAGUUAACAUAUAUAGUUGUUGCUGAGUACAGGUUAAGUAAAUGUUGAAUUCGCUAACAGAAGUUAGGUUAUUUUCAUGUAGUCAACAAACAUUCUCAUGGAGAAAAUGUCCAACAGAAGCUGCAGAAUAUAAAGUGUUGAUUCUCUGUAAGUUCCUUCAAUUAGAAAAUCAAUUGUGUACAGCCUUUAAGCAUCUUCUUACAAAGUUCAGCAUCUUUACUCAUUUUUUUCCCCACUGUAAUAUGAGCUUUACAUUGAUGCAAAUUCUUUUUGUUCACUGGAUUAAAUCUUGUAGAAAUUUAUUUCUGCUAGAAAAAAAAAGGUUUUGAGGAACAAAUGUAAUUUGAAACUACAGAAAUUAGAAUGGAUGUAAUAAUGGGUUGAAUUCUAUGCUGCUACUACAUUAGCUAUUAUUUCACUGGCUUUUAUUAUCUUGUGCAGGGCAGUCACUGGAACAACACAUGCAGCAUUAGAUAUAACUUCAGGAAAGCUAUAUAAAGUCAAUGGUAGAACACAUCACUAUAGCUGCUCAGAUUAGUAUUUGUUAAUCUCCUCCUACCUGAUUAUUAGUGUUUUGUUGACUUAUUACACAUUCUUUAUACAGUCAAAUCCUUGUGACAUUUAAAUAUGGGGAAAAGUAAAUUGCUAAUUUAUACUGUUUAAUUAGCUUGUUUUAAGAUAAAUAAGCAAAGUAACAUAGUAAGGAAGCUUAGAAUCUGUUUUACAAUCAGAAUUUCAGCACUUCCAGUUUCUGCUAUUCCUACUUUAUUAGAAUAUGUAGCUAGAAUCUGUGGGCAGGAGUGAAUUUUUUACUAAGUAAGUAGAUAAUUAAUUUUUAAACAGUAUUGUAUAAUACAGAUGAGCAGAAAUGAAGGGUAUUAGAGAGCUUGUCUGCCUAGGCAGACUCCGCAAGCAUACUUCUUCAGAAUGACAAAUGUUACAAUGCAUGAAAUGUGACUACUACAGAGUAAUGUAAGCAGUGAGUCUUCAGAGACAUGAUGAUUGAGUUUUUGUACAAGAUUCUUAGGGUUUUUUUGCUCUGUCUUCCCUUCUGUGAGGGAAUAAUGUUCUUUGGGUGGUUUUUUGUAUCCAGUGGGAAGCAAGUCUUUGCACUGUAGAGUGGGGAUGAAAAAAAAACCAAUUGUUGGGCAGUUUUGGAAAACAAGCAGAGAAGUGGAAUGUAGAUGUGAUUUUUUUUUUGUAUGUUUGUCUUGUUCUGGGGAUAAAAGUUCUUCACAGUUAGAACUUUUUUUUUUUUUUAAUAAUGUUAUAUCAAGGAAAGACGAUAAAUCAUUAUUCUUAAAUGCACUUAACAUUCAAGUUAGCUUCAAAGGAAGGUCAGUGUCCCUGACUAAGACCAUUUUUCUUCUUUUUUCCCAUGUGUUCAGAGUGUGCUUCCUUCCAAAUUUUUUGCCUGUUCUUCCAACCAGCAAAAGAAGAAUGUAGCAAAGGAGUAAUGAGGUGGCCUCAUUUCAUGUUUAGAUAACUCUGACUACCUCCCAAAAGGUUCUCGUGUUAUUGUCCGUAUGGGGAGUUUGUCAUGCUCACCUUUUUUUGAAGCCUCAUGCUAGGCCUCGAUCCUCUUUUGGAGGUGGAAAGCAGGAGCUUUACCUACAGAGCCAUCUAGUUUCCUAGAAGAGUUUAAAGCAGGACAGAGGGUUGUUUAAAGAAAAUUUUAAAAAGACCAAAAAAAAAAA